CACUGCUCCCACCGUCCAAAUCAUCGCAGCAUCAACAGCCUAGCAGAGCAAUCUUCUUCUUCUUCGAUCUCUCGCGAUGGCCAAGAUCCAGCCCCUCCCCGCGGCCCCCUCACCGCCGUCCUCCGGUGAUCACCGCCGGGGCCAGCAGGCGUACACGGUGUGGAUGAAGUCGCUGGUCUUCAAUGGCAACGGCUGCGCGGUGUACGGCCCCGAUGGCAGCGUUGCCUUCCGCGUCGACAACUACGGCUGCAGGGGCGGCCGCGAGGUCUUCUUCAUGGACCGCGGCGGCAACGCCCUCAUCAGGAUCAGACGCAAGGGCUUCGGCAUGUUCAGGAGGUGGGAGGUCUGCCGGUAUGAGCAGGGGGAGGAGGCGACACCGUGGUUCACCGUGCGGCGGGCCAAGAAGGGCGAGGCCGCCGUUGCGAUGCACGGCGGCGCGAGAACCUGCUACAGGAUGGACGGGUGCCCUGCCCGCAAGACGGAGUACAAAGUCCGCGGCGUCGAUGGCGCGGCCGUGGCGGAGGUGGCCCCGAAGCAGACGGCGGCGGGGGUGGUGCUGGGCGAGGACGUGCUGACGCUGACGGUGGCGCCGGAAAUGGAUCACCUGCUCGCCCUGGGUAUGGUCGUGGUGCGUGGCCUCAUCAACCGCUCCUUGUGACCCUCUUCUUCUAGUUCAGGUUCAGGUCUCUCUAGUUAGUAGCAACGUAGACCAUUUUUUUCUGACGAACAGUUCAGCAAGUUUUUUCCCAUGAUGCCAGAUUGGCAUGGUGACUCUUUUUGGCGUAUGACUUUUUUUCCCUUUCUCAAAGGGUUUUUCACUACCAUAGUUUCAACACGAUGAAACAAGGUUAUACAGUGAUUGUAUAAAUCUUUGGGAGUACUUAGUUUAGUUUGUGGGAGUACUUAGUUUAGUUGUCUAUGUGUUAUCCUUAGUUUGUGGGAGUACUUAGUUUAGUUGUACAAUGAAACACAAAUGUUAGCCUACGAAACUCCAAUAUAAGACUUUAUGGUCUCAGACAGAAUAAAUUGAGAGGCACCAAAAAUGCCGGCCUCUUGGAGAAGAGGCUGACACACACACAAACAUUAGCCAGUCACUCACUGGCAGUGGCACACGCAGAAAGCAGCUGUCGCACUGAAAAUGUCUCGCACGAAAAGAAAGUUCAAUAGGGCACACCAUAACUUCAACACAAAGAAGAAGAAAAGAGCGCACAUCAACAUCAGCCUACCAAAACGACGUCCGUGCCACUGCCAGCCUUAUUAAACUCAGCCAAUUUAUCGAGGAAACCGGAGUACAAAGUGUGUACAACGAGCGAAAAACCAGUACGCAGAGACGGCGACAGAGAUAGCUGCACGCUUGAAAAAAGCAGGCGAGCGUCAGACCGUCUAUCUCCCUCCCUCUCAAAAGGUUGGAAUAAUUCACCGGCUCAGAUGUACAAUACGUGACAAGUGGUGGCCAAUAUGAACUUGAGCCUAUAACCGGAGAAAAAGAGAAAAAUGAGCCCAGUUGCCCAUGGCGGUGCCUGGCCACAUGAUAUCGCUCACGCCAUUUCCACUCAAUUGGCGACAGCACACUCGUCUGCCAGUUGACCAUCUCAAACUCUGACCUUCUCAAACCAUCGA